AGCCCCAUAGCCAACGCUGCAUUGAUAAGUUUGGCUCAGCAGAAAAGAGACCCAGAGGGGGCUUCAGCCACCCUCGAACGGGGGAAGGGGGUGGUUGUAGGACAAAGGAGAGCAGAAGAGGGGUAAGACAAGUCUAUCUGGAGUAGGUAACUGAGGGAAAGUGACCAUGGAGCCCACUUCUGCCCAAGAUGACAGCCUGAAGAAAAAACAACAGAAGGAAAAGGCUAAGAAAGCAACUCUGGAACUGCCUCCCAGGCCUCCCCGAUCUCUGUUCUGCCUCACCCUUGAGAAUCCAGUGCGCAAGGCCUGCAUCGCUAUUGUGGAAUGGAAACCUUUUGAAACUAUUAUCCUGCUAACUAUCUUUGCCAAUUGUGUGGCACUGGCUAUCUACCUGCCCAUGCCCGAAGAUGAUAACAACAAAAUGAAUACUAGACUGGAAAAGCUAGAAUACUUCUUUCUUAUAGUAUUUGCCAUCGAGGCAGUAAUGAAGAUCAUAGCUUAUGGAUUUCUAUUCCAUGCAGAUGCCUACCUCCGGAAUGGCUGGAACGUGUUGGAUUUUACAAUAGUCUUUCUGGGAGUCUUCACAGUCAUCCUGGAGAGAAUCAGUGUAAUGGAGAGUGCACUGCUUAGUGGGCAAGGCUUUGAUGUCAAAGCUCUGAGAGCCUUUCGAGUGCUGCGGCCCCUACGCCUGGUGUCAGGAAUACCAAGUCUGCAGGUGGUACUGAACUCCCUAGUCAAGGCCAUGCUGCCCUUAUUUCAUAUUGCUGUGCUUGUUGUCUUCAUGCUCGUCAUCUAUGGCAUUAUGGGACAAGAGCUCUUCAAGGGGAAGAUGCACAAGACCUGCUAUUUCAAUGGGACAGACAUCGUGGCUACUGUGGAAAAUGAAAAACCAGCUCCAUGUACAAGUGCAGGCCACGGACGCCAAUGUACUAUUCCUGGUUCUGAGUGCAGGGGGAAGUGGCCAGGACCCAACAAUGGCAUUACACACUUUGAUAACUUUGGGUUUGCUAUGUUGACUGUCUACCAAUGUAUCUCUAUGGAAGGAUGGACUCAAGUCCUCUACUGGGUAAAUGAUGCCAUUGGCAAUGAGUGGCCCUGGAUCUACUUUGUUAGCCUCAUCUUGCUUGGGUCAUUUUUUAUCCUUAACCUGAUCCUGGGUGUGCUCAGUGGGGAGUUCUCCAAAGAGCGUGAGAAAGCAAAAUCACGAGGUACUUUCCAGAAACUGAGGGAAAAACAGCAACUAGAGGAGGACAUGAAAGGCUACAUGGACUGGAUUGUACAUGCAGAAGUCAUGGACAGUGACCGGACACGCGGAGAAGGAAUGAUGCCAUCAGAUGAAGGCGGCUCAGAGACAGAGAGCCUGUAUGAAAUUGAGGGCAUGAAUAAAUGGAUUCUUUUCUUUCGACACUGGAGACGAUGGAACCGGCUAUUCCGCAGAAAAUGUCGUGAAGUGGUUAAGUCCAAGUUUUUCUAUUGGCUUGUGAUCUUGAUUGUUGCCUUGAACACCAUCUCAAUAGCCACUGAGCAUCACAAUCAACCUAACUGGCUGACUGAUGGCCAGGAUGUUGCCAAUAGGGUUCUUCUGGCACUUUUUACAGUUGAGAUGAUUUUGAAGAUGUAUGCACUAGGUUUUCAUCAGUACUUCAUGUCCAUCUUCAAUCGUUUUGACUGCCUUGUGGUAUGCACGGGCAUCCUAGAGCUCAUCCUAGUGGAGAUUACCUCGAUGACACCCCUGGGCAUCUCUGUUUUGCGGUGCAUUCGCCUGCUGAGACUCUUCAAAAUAACCAAGUACUGGACAUCUCUGAACAACUUGGUAGCAUCGCUUCUGAACUCAGUGCGCUCCAUUGCCUCACUCCUCACCCUCCUCUUCCUCUUCAUUGUCAUCUUUGCCCUAUUAGGGAUGCAACUUUUUGGAGGAAAGUUUGAUUUCGAUGAUGUAGAGAUACGGCGCAGCACCUUUGAUAACUUCCCCCAGUCUUUCAUCACUGUCUUCCAGGUCCUGACUGGAGAAGAUUGGACUUCUGUUAUGUACAAUGGGAUUAUGGCUUAUGGAGGACCAAGCUACCCUGGGAUUUUAGUCUGCAUUUACUUCAUUGUUCUCUUUGUCUGUGGGAACUAUAUCUUGCUCAAUGUCUUCCUGGCUAUCGCUGUUGACAAUCUUGCAGAGGCUGAAACAUUGACUUCUGCUCAGAAAGACAAAGCUGAGGAGAGAAAGAGAAAGAAAAUGGCCAGAGGUUAUCCUGAGAAAUCUGAUGAGGAAAAAACAUUGUUGGCGAAGAAGCUUGAGCUGAAAGCCAGGGGAGAAGGCAUGCCCACCACAGCCAAGUUGAAAGUGGAUGAGUUUGAAUCAAAUGUCAAUGAGAUCAAGGACCCGUAUCCCUCUGCUGACUUCCCAGGUGAUGAUGAAGAAGAUGAGCCUGAAAUUCCACUAAGUCCUAGACCACGGCCGCUUGCAGAGUUGCAGUUGAAGGAAAAAGCUGUGCCCAUGCCUGAAGCUAGUGCAUUUUUCAUCUUCAGCCCGACCAACAAGAUCCGUGUACUGUGCCAUCGAAUUGUAAAUGCCACUUGGUUCACCAAUUUCAUCCUCCUUUUCAUCCUGCUUAGCAGUAUCUCACUGGCAGCUGAGGAUCCCAUACGGGCAGAGUCCUUCAGGAAUAAGAUUCUAGGAUAUUUUGACAUUGGCUUCACUUCUGUGUUCACAGUGGAAAUUGUUCUAAAGAUGACUACUUACGGUGCUUUCCUUCACAAAGGUUCUUUCUGCCGCAACUAUUUCAACAUCCUGGACUUGCUUGUGGUUGCUGUUUCCCUCAUCUCCAUGGGCAUUGAGUCUAGUGCCAUCUCAGUGGUGAAAAUCCUAAGGGUGCUCAGAGUUCUACGACCACUUAGAGCCAUUAACAGAGCAAAGGGUCUGAAGCAUGUAGUCCAGUGUGUUUUUGUAGCUAUCAAGACCAUUGGCAACAUUGUGCUUGUCAUGUUCUUGCUCCAGUUCAUAUUUGCUUGCAUUGGAGUGCAGCUCUUCAAGGGGAAGUUUUUCAGCUGUACAGAUCCAACCAAAAUGACUGAAUCUGAAUGCAGAGGAUACUUCACCAUGUACAUUGAUGCUGAUCCAACACAGGUUGUGGUAGAGAAGCGGAUGUGGUUCCACAAUGAAUUUCACUUCGACAAUGUUUUUUCAGCUAUGAUGUCUCUCUUCACUGUAUCCACCUUUGAAGGAUGGCCUAAUCUGCUGUACAGAGCAAUUGAUACCCACACUGAAGACAUGGGUCCCAUAUAUAACUAUCGUAUGGGAAUUGCCAUUUUCUUCAUCAUCUAUCUCAUCCUCAUAGCCUUUUUCAUGAUGAAUAUCUUCGUUGGUUUUGUUAUUGUAACCUUCCAGGAGCAAGGUGAAACAGAGUACAAAGACUGUGAACUAGACAAGAACCAGCGCCAAUGUGUCCAGUAUGCAUUAAAAGCACGCCCACUGCGAUGCUACAUUCCCAAGAACCCCUAUCAGUACCAGAUAUGGUAUUUGGUGACCUCUUCUUACUUUGAAUACCUCAUGUUCUUUCUGAUCACACUGAAUACCGUCUGUUUGGGCAUGCAGCAUUACAAUCAAUCAGAGACAAUGAACCACAUUUCAGAUGUUCUCAAUGUGGUCUUCACACUUCUCUUUACUGUGGAGAUGAUCCUGAAACUUAUAGCCUUCAAGGCUAAGGGCUACUUUGGGGACCCUUGGAAUGUCUUUGAUUUCCUCAUAGUAAUCGGUAGCAUCAUUGAUGUCAUCCUGAGUCAGAUUGACACCCAACCACUGAUGAUCCAGGAGGCCACCAAUGCUGGAGAAGCCACAUCACAGACUCCUCCCAUAGAUCCUGAUGAAACUGGCCGGAUCUCCAUCACUUUCUUCCGGCUUUUCCGAGUUCUGCGCUUGGUAAAAUUGCUAAACCGAAGUGAAGGCAUUCGAAAUUUACUCUGGACCUUUAUCAAGUCCUUCCAGGCACUGCCUCAUGUGGCCCUGCUGAUUGUGAUGUUGUUCUUUAUCUAUGCUGUAAUUGGGAUGCAGAUGUUUGGGAAAGUUGCUCUGGUUGAUGGAACCCAAAUAAAUAGGAACAACAACUUUCAGACCUUUCCACAAGCAGUGUUGCUGUUGUUCAGGUGUGCAACAGGUGAGGCCUGGCAGGAAAUCUUACUAGCUGCCAGCUAUGGGAAGCUGUGUGACCCUGAAUCGGAUUAUGCCCCUGGGGAAGAAUAUACUUGUGGCACAGGUUUUGCUUAUUUCUACUUCAUCAGCUUCUACAUGCUAUGUGCAUUCCUGAUUAUCAACCUCUUUGUUGCUGUCAUCAUGGACAACUUUGACUACCUCACACGAGAUUGGUCCAUAUUAGGUCCACAUCACCUGGAUGAGUUCAAACGAAUCUGGGCAGAAUAUGAUCCUGAGGCCAAGGGCCGGAUCAAACAUCUAGAUGUGGUGACUCUGCUGAGACGAAUCCAGCCUCCAUUGGGCUUUGGGAAGUUUUGUCCACAUCGUGUAGCUUGCAAGCGCUUGGUGGGCAUGAAUAUGCCCUUGAACAGCGAUGGUACAGUUACUUUCAAUGCUACCCUCUUCGCUCUGGUGAGAACUGCCCUCAAGAUCAAGACAGAAGGUAACUUUGAACAAGCCAAUGAAGAGCUGAGGAUGAUUAUCAAAAAAAUUUGGAAAAGAACCAGCAUGAAGCUUUUGGAUCAAGUCAUUCCACCAAUUGGGGAUGAUGAGGUGACUGUGGGAAAGUUCUACGCUACCUUCCUCAUCCAGGAGCACUUCAGAAAAUUCAUGAAGCGUCAGGAAGAGUAUUACGGCUACCGACCAAAGAAGAAUGCUGUUGAAAUCCAGGCUGGCCUGAGGACCAUUGAAGAAGAAGCUGCUCCUGAGAUCAAAAGAGCAAUCUCUGGGGAUCUGACAGCAGAGGAGGAGCUUGAAAGAGCAAUGGUGGAGGCAGCAAUGGAGGAAGGCAUCUAUAGGAGGACAGGUGGUUUGUUCGGCCAAGUUGACACGUUUAUGGAACCCAGCAGCCCUCUACCACCCCAUGUGGCUAGCCAGAGACCUCUGCAGUUCACCGAAAUGGGAAGUGAGGAGCUAGAUUCCCCUGUGUUCCUUGAUGAUUUCCCACCUGGUGGAGGCACCAAUGUGAACAACAGCAACAGCAAUGCCAACAACAAUGCAACAGCCCGGAUGAUGUAUGAGAAUGAAAUGGGAGAAGAGAAGAUACUGCCACCAUCUUGUGAGUCAUCUGGCCUAGCUAACAAAUCCUAUGUCCAGCGUGAAAAGCAUCAAGGAAAAAUGAGUGAGCUGACAGCACAUGGAGUUCACAGCUGUUCAGAACUAGAGUUUUCCAUCAUGCAGUUUCCCCAGAAGAAUCCCACUGUGUCACAAGAGGCAGGUAAUGAUAAAGGAUCACAGUCUCCAAGUGGUACUGAAGGAAGAACACCAAGAGAUACAGAAGACUCUACUCCAGCCACUAUCCAGCUCAUCCAAGAGGCGCUGACCUCUGGGGGACUCCGUUCCCUUGCAAAAGACUAUUCUUUUCUGAAAGUGGCAAGAGAGGAGAUGGCUGCUGCCUUCCAGGUGGAGGUGGCUGAGAUAGAGGAGGUGGCUUCCACAUUCUUGAAGAGAAGAGAAAGCUCAACUACGUCUCUGUAAAAGUUCCAGACUAUGGCCAUUAUAAAUACCAGACUAUAAGAUGUUAUCCACAGACCAUUUUUCUUCAGCACUGCUACUAUACAGUAUGACCUGUUUGUCUGCUUUGGGGUGUUUACCAUGAAACGACAUCACUACUGACCCCAGACUGGUUUCUGUCUGCAGCAUGAUGAGCAAGCUGAAGAGAUGUGGGGAGGGAAUACUUUUUCCCCCCUUGAAUGUCCAGAGAGGUGAUUUUAGGAAUGGGACAACCAGGGUAUUUCACAUAGAUGGUAAUGGGAAAUCUUUUACCACAAUCUCUACAUUUUUGUGAGGUCUGUACCAUGUAAGAGAGAUGGAUAAUUACAUUCUCCAUAUUAUCAUAUAUUCCCCAUACAUCAUGUCAAAGCUUGUCCUAGGUUCCUCCCACUCUGCUUCAAGCAUUUUCACAAACAUUUUGAAAAGCACCCUUUAAUAGCAUUGUUCUGAACAAAAAGUAAUAUUGGUUAAAAACUAGCACUUUUAAUAAACUGAAAAACCCAAGAA